UUAUCAUUCGUUCCUUCCCGCAAAGCGCGGGAAGGCUGUUGGUUGUCAGCUCGGCGAGCUGCUGGCUACCCACUCCGGCCGCUCGUACUACACCAGUGCUACUAGUAGCCCACCCAGACUUCUGCUGAGAAUCUACCGCCCGGACAGUUGCAACAAUCCACGCUUAAUCAUCAGACACAAAUCACACCAGUACGCCGCGCGCUCGCCAGACUAUCAUCUCAGUGUUUCCCUUCUAAUCGACCACGAACAUCUUCAGUCCGCUGCGGCCCCGUACCUUCAGCCUCUCUCUGCCUCUCUCUGCCUUUCUCCGCCAGAGUCCGGCCAUUUGACCUUCGGGAGCGCAGGUUGAUACCGGGAAAAUGACAUGACUGCGCGGGAUGAUGGAAGAUAUUUUGGGAGACGACCUCCCUCUCGCACCCACCAGGCUGUUUGAACGGCUCUCCCAGAUCCCCAAUUACACCUGGGACCGAUCGUUUGCGCCGUUUCAUUCCACGUACGAUCACUGGCACGUUUAUGGCAUCCUCCACAACCCCGACGUCGUUAGUCCGCGUGCCUCUGCGAGUACCCUCAACAGCCUCUCCGGUCAUUCCGGCUCGAACAGAAGUUCGCCAAAACUCAAUCCUCACCGACCUACUUUACGGCAUCACCAUUGGAGUAGCAUCAGUGCCACAUCUACUGAUAGCGAGUUUCUCUCGUCCAGAGAUGACCCUGACCCGAUAUGGCUCCCCGUCCUCGCUCGUAUCAGUACGCAUGUGCUGCGCUUGGAACGGGAGUUUCAUUACAACCAAACAAUGAUGAAAGACUUGGAUCCCGAAUGCGAUCACACACUUCGGCCCAUUGAGAUGUUUAAACUGCCAACCACACCGGGAGACCCAAAUCAAUUGGGCAUGUGUGUUUACGAGGCCCCGGGGAAGAACUAUCUGCGCGAGAUCCUGGAUUUUGGCCCCGCAUUCUAUGGCUUACAGGGUGCCAAAAUAAGCACUGAUGGAACUCCAGGCGAGCGAGUGCCUCUCCAAGCAUUCUUGGAUUUUGCCAUCGGUGCCUCGGAAGCGUUGGAACUGUUGCACCACGGUGCGAACUGUGUACACGGCGAGAUCCGCUCCGACACCUUCCAUUGGAACAGGGAAACAAAUAGUGUCAAGCUGCUCAACCAUGGAAACGGGCCCCGUGCGUUUGAGAAUCUCCUGUCCAGCGAGGGCUGGGCCACCGUCAGCCGAGAGAUCGGAGUGAAGAAUAAAUUGCAGUUUAUCGCACCGGAGCAAACUGGACGGUUAGCCGCCGACGCUGAUAGUCGAACGGAUAUCUACAGCUUAGGAAUUCUCUUCUGGACUCUGUUGACAGGCCAGCCGGCAUUUGAUGCGGAAACACCCAUCGAUAUUGUUCAACGGGUGUUAACGCACCGUCUGCCAUUGGUCACCGCUAUUCGCAUGGAUAUUCCCGAUGCGAUUUCUAAAAUCAUUGCCAAGAUGACGCAGAAACAAAUGGAUGAGCGAUACCACUCAGUUAGUGGGCUAAAGUAUGACUUGAUACAGAUUCAGAGGUUGCUCGGCGAGGGUGAACAGGACAAAAUCAACAACUACAAGGUUGGGCAGCGGGAUGUGUCAUCCUUUUUCAUCUUACCGACCAAGCAGUUUGGCCGCGAUGCAGAGAUUGAACGGAUCACUGAGAUCAUUGAAAAGGCCCACAAGCGCCAGAGUACGGCCGGGGCACGACCUUCCCCAUCGCAACAAGGUAUGCUGAAUGCGACCUCGAAUUCCUCUCUUUCCGACGGCCGGGUAGAAGGUGCCGACGUGCCAGACGGUUCCGAUUCGUCUAGCUCUUUCGGCGGCAGGGAGUCUCGAAGUAAUUCCACCACGAUAGGCUUGGAGAGCCAUGUCUUGAACCCGUUAUAUGGCAACAAGAUCAGUCUGCACGCCAAACGAAAUCGUGGAGUUACCGACCCCCGCGCUACACCUUUGGACGUGGUGUCAGAUCGGGACAGCAGUUUUUCGGGUGGUCUGCAGCAGUCCUCCGACACAUUGCCUGGAUUGAUGACAAGGCGCAGAAGCAGCCAAAAGUUCAAGCGUAGGAGCAAGACGGAUGUUAUCUGCAUCCUAGGUCCUGCUGGGAUAGGGAAGACCACCCUGAUCAAGACAGUGCAGCCUGUCGUCCGGCGGUACGGAUAUUUCGCUCUUGCACGGUUCGACAAGGCUCGUCCGUCUCCCUUCGAGCCACUCAUCAAGGUUUUGGCUAGCCUCUUCAGGCAGAUAUUCUCGGAAAAGGAUGUCAAUACGCCAUACCAUGAACAUAUCCGAUCCCAUGUCACCCCAUUCUGGCCUGUUUUGCAUUCGGUCUUGGACUUGCCGGCCACCCUCCUUGAUGUGGCCGUAUUCCACAAGAAAUCGUUGAGCAAGAACGACCUCACCGCACAAAGUGUCAAUACCGAGGUUCCUACCCCCAACAGUGGCUCGAAGUUGGACUAUCCGCCUAACCAUAGCACCUGGGACACCAAUGGCUUUCUACGGGGCCCUGCGAACUCCAAGUCUAUCCGGCUGAUAAACACGUAUCUGGAGGUCUUGCGCACAAUGUGCACGGGCAAACUGAUCUGUAUCUGCUUGGACGAUAUGCAAGUCGCCGAUGACGAGUCGAUCGAUUUACUGAUGCACAUCAUCAAAGCCAAGGUUCCAGCUGUCUUGACCCUGUCUAGCAGGGUGGACAACGGCAUUAUUCCCAAUAGCGCCCGAAAGAUAUUAGAGCUCGAUUCGACAAACAAAAUCGAACUCGGGAAUCUCCAGGAAAAGCAUGUCUUUGAAUAUGUGGCGGAAACUAUGUCCCGCCCUGUGGAGGACGUGAUACCGGUUGCCGCUGUUGUCUAUGCAAAAUCUGAGGGGAAUCCUUUCUUCGUCAAAGAGAUGCUCCAAACCUGUUAUCAACGGAACUGCUUAUGGUACGAUUGGAAGGAAUCUGGCUGGCAAUUUGACCUGGACAAGAUCUUCAACGAGUUUAGCUCCGAAGGCUACAUGGACGCCAGCUACCUCGCCAGACGUUUCCAAGAACUGUCACCUGCAGCUCGCUCGAUUCUUGCUUGGGCUUCCUUGAUCGGGACUACAUUCUCCUUCAAACUCAUUCAGUCCAUCAUGACUGGAAGUUAUUUCUAUAGCAGCGGCAGGGACCAAACACACGACGUGACCUGCCCCAAGCGCGCGAAACAUUUCAAUCUCUCAGAAAGCGACUGCGUUAACGGACUCCAGGAACUGGUCAACGCAUAUGUUGUGACACCAGGAACCAGCGAUGACGAAUUCCGUUUCACACAUGCACGAUAUCUGAAAGCCGCAAACGAGAUGCGCGAGUGCCAAAACGUCAGCAAAAUGCACUUUAUAAUUACCCAGGCCAUGAUGGUGUAUCUCAGUCAGUGCAGGUUCUCUCUGUAUCCUCUGGCACGCCAUAUCUGUCUAUCGGCAGACAUUAUCAAGGAAAGGAUUCCCACCCGGAUGCGGUAUCGAGAUGUGCUCUGGCGUGGAGCGCAGAAGGCAAUCGAGACAGGUGCCAAGCAAACCGCGCUGUGGUACUACAAAACAGCCCUUAAGCUGCUACAGGAUGACAGAUGGGAUACAGACAACCAAGACGUCUUCUACGAUGAGACUCUCCAGCUACUCGUUAAUAGCGCCGAGAUCAUGUAUCUCCAAGGAGAGAAAGCCGAAGCCUUGGAACUCUUGAAGGAAACGUUCGCAAAUGCCCGUUGUCCUGCUGACAAAACGCGGUCAUACAUAUUGAAGGGCCGGAUUCUGGCCAGUCAAGGGAAAUUUUCCGAGGCCUUCGCUGCGCAACGAGAGUGUCUGGAAGAGCUGGGUAUCUCCUUGCCAGAUGUUACUUGGGACGACUGCGACGUCGAAUUCGAAAAAUUGGCGUCACGGAUCCAGGAGCUCGACCACGAGAAGUUGCUGUCAACCCCCUUAAGUGAGGACAGGGCCGUCAUCGCAUUGGGGACAGUGCUAAGUGAAUCUCUGGGCGCUCUUUACUGGUCCGAUGCCCUGCGUUGGUACCAGGUCGUGAUCGCUUAUGUGAAGGCCGUACUGGACCGGGGAACUUUUGUCCAGGCUGGGUUAGGGUUCACAAUGCUAGGCGCAGUUGCGAUAGGGAGAUUCAAAAACAUUGAGUUGGGUUUGUCCUAUGGAAAUAUUGCGCAUGAAUUUUACAACAUUUACGAAGAUUCAUGGACCCGCGGUAGGGGCUGGACGUUGUUUACACUGUUUAUCGGCCACUUUCAGACGCCAGUACGGAACUUGCUUCCUAUCCUGGACAAUGCACUUGAAUACUCGUUGGCAUCUGGCGACAGAUUUGUGAGCCUGCUCAACAUAGGUGUGAUGGCCCUGUCGAGGUUUUGGGCAGGUCAAGACCUGGCGGAAGUGGAGGCGUUCUGCAAUUAUGGGCCUGAAGAGUUCGACAACUGGGAAAAGGAUCGAAGAGGAGGGACUCUGCUUGUCGCCAUAAGACAAGUCGUUCGCGCAUUGCAGGGAAAGACGAUCGCAGCGGACGCCCGAACGCUUCUCAACGAUAGCAACCAUGACUCUGAAUGUUGGCUGGCGGAGUGCGCACAAUAUGCGGCCAAUGCCAGCCGAGCUCGCGAUAUAUAUCAAGCUAUGUCACUGGUCGCAUACCACCUGAUGGGUUAUCACGAACAAGUUAUCCAGGUCGGCAGGAAGUUGCUGAGUACAACCCUCGACGAACUGUGGUCGAACCGACCAGUCUGCGGAGCUCGGUUUUACACCGCCUUGUCGUUAGUCGCGAUUGCAAGGGAGAAACCAGAAGAAGAGCGAGCACUCUAUCUGGAGGAGGCGAAAGAGCUCAAGCGCUUCAUUGAUAACUGGGGCAAAGCCAACGACGUGAAUUACUUUGCCUGGUCCCACUUAGUUGGGGCCGUGAUCGCAGAAGUCUCUCACGACUACGUCAAUGUCAUUCCCAACUUGGAAAUGGCCAUCGAUCACUGCCAAGUCCAUGGAUUUGCAUUGGAAGAGGCUCUAGCAAUCGAAAUGCAGGCUGAAUUUCUGCUUGCGCGCGGAGCUAAAAGAGCUGGCAAAGUUAUGAUCCAAGAAGCUAUUGCAGCCUGGAACAGGAUCAACGCAAGUGGGAAGGCAAAACAGCUUGCGGAUAAGCACGAAUGGUUGAUCAAAACCGCCACAACCGCCAGAACGAUGGACGCGACCACGCAGACAGAAGAUUUGCAUGCCUUGACCGUUAGCGAGGACACACAGGCGCAGAGCAAGCGUGACUAUACGUCGGCAUGGGUACAACCCAAAACAGGUGCGACAAAUCAGGGUUCGCAAGAUGUGCCAGGACUGGGACUUGAUAUCCUGGAUCUCACAUCGAUCCUCGAAUUUUCCCGAGUUAUCAGCUCCGAACUGCAGAUCAAUAGUCUUCUGUCGAAAAUGGCGUCGGUCAUUCUUGAAUCAGUGGGGGGUCAGGCUGAGUUCUGCGCCAUCGUGAUCGACUUGGAAGACCAAGGUUGGUGCGUCGCAGCCAGCGCGGAUCAUGAAACAGGUGUCAAAACCUAUCCCGACGGGAUUCCCUUGUCGGAGGUUGACGAUCAAGCCGCGCAGCAGAUUACGCAUUACACUUUACGCACCAGGGAGACUGUAUUCGUCCAGAAUGUGCUCGAAGACGACCGCUUUUCAAACGUCGGAGAUGCCUAUUUAGCGAACCACCCUUCUGGCCGGGCAGUCAUUGCUAUCCCCAUCGUCCAAGCUGACCACCUAAUGGGAGUCAUCCACUUGGAGGGCAGGCCAAAUGCUUUUACGCAGCGAAACAUGAUUGUCCUCAACCUUCUUACCAACCAGGUGGCAAUUUCUCUGGGCAAUGCAUUGUUGUAUAGGAAGGUCCGCAAAGUGAGCGCUUCGAACGCCAGUAUGGUGGAGUCUCAGAGGCGUGCCCUAGCAGCUGCCCGGGAAGCCGAAGCCAAAGCCAAGGAGGCAGAAGCCGAGGCCAUGCACAAUGUCAAGUUAAAAGAAGAAGCCGCCAAAGCCAAGUCGAUCUUUUUGGCCAACGUCAGCCAUGAGCUUCGAACGCCAUUGAACGGUGUCAUCGGCAUGUCGGAACUACUCAAAGGUACAUCCUUAAGCAAGGAGCAGGAACAAUAUGCAGACAGUAUCCGGGUUUGUGCCGAUACGCUACUGACCGUUAUCAACGACAUCCUGGAUUUCUCCAAGCUCGAAGCUGGGAAGAUGCAGAUGUUUACGGUUCCCUUGAAUCUGAAGGAGACGAUCACGGAGGUCGUACGUGCGUUGGCAUACACUAACCAGGAACACGGUCUGCAGACCAUUGAGGAUCUCCAAAUCGACGACGGACUCGUCUUGGGCGAUCCUGUACGGCUGCACCAGAUUUUCAUGAACCUAUUGAGCAACGCAUACAAAUUCACGCCAAAGGGAUCAGUGACGGUGCGAGCGCGUAAGAAUGCCGAGACUACGGAUAAAGUCAAGAUUACUUGCUCUGUUGCAGACACCGGUAUCGGCAUCACCAAAGAGCAGCUUUCCAGACUCUUUCAGCCUUUUUCGCAAGCAGACUCUUCCACAGCUCGUUCAUAUGGUGGCAGCGGCUUGGGUCUCAGUAUUUGCAAAGCCAUGAUUGAAAACGUUUUGGGCGGUAAGAUCUGGAUCGAAUCUACGGCCGGAGUAGGCACCACAGUUUCAUUCACGCUCACUUUCCAAAAGGCGCCCCAAAACAGCAGUGUCCCAGACGACAUGGGAAUUGCGGCGAAGGAUCCGGACCCGAUGGCUCGGUGGUCGCAGGCUGCGAGCCCCGAACUGGAGCAUAAAAACUUCCACUUCUUCGAUCUGAGUAAUAUUCCACGGUCGGAACUGCGAGUCUGCAUUGCAGAAGACAAUCAGAUAAACAGGAAGAUUGCCAUGUCGUUUGUCACCAAACUCGGUCUCAAGUGCGAGGCAUACGAGGAUGGGAAACAGGCGUACGAAGCUCUGAAAGCCAAAAGCAAACAAGGCACACCUUUUCACCUGGUGUUGAUGGAUGUGCAGAUGCCUGUGUUAGACGGGUAUGAGGCGACCAAGGCGAUCCGAGCGGACCCUGAUCCGCAGGUGAGCCAAGUCCUCAUCAUCGCCAUGACUGCUUCUGCCAUCCGUGGAGACAGGGAGAAAUGCUUGGAGGCUGGGAUGAAUGACUAUCUUGCCAAGCCUGUGAGACAAACCGCUCUCAAGGCCAUGCUGGAUGAAUAUCUCAAUAAUACCCAAUUGGCUGCUGAGGCCGCAAAGAAGAACUUGGCUUCGAAAGUCACACCCGGUGACAAAGUCAACGGCCAGCUAGAAAGCAGCCAUGACAAAUCAUCGUUGUCGAGUGGCACCCCAAACAAGUCACAAUUGAGCCGCUCAUUCCAGCGGGUUAUGGGAGAUGUCGAAGCGAACGCCGCGGCAGCACAGGAGAAUCGUGGGGCGGUGAGAAGCCCUGAUAGCGGGAAAAAGGAAACAGAAGGAGUAGGGGGCGACACCAUUUUGGCAACCGUCCCUCCUCUGGAUGGGCACACCGAUGCCCAGGACACGGGCAAGGAUUAGACUCUAGUACAUGCUGUUGUGUCAUGCCGGAACAUGAUCCCUUGCCCAACAGCGGUGAGGUGAUACAUAUCAAGGUUGGGGGCGCGAUUGUCGGGUUUUGCGGUGUUCAAAAUGGGAUUAUGACAUGAUGACCAGUAUGCAUGCAAGGAGUUGGGCGUUGCGCAAUCGGAAGACGGCCUCUCAGGGGCCGCAAGGAACGGAUGCAACUGGACUGAGAUAACAUUUCCUCAUGGCAUUGGUAAGGGUUGACAAUAGACGUGGGGUCUAUCUCGGCUCAAACGGCCGCGAAAUCUUUUUCUUUCAACUUUGAUGUUCUGCGUGCAAUGAACUGUUAUCGAAUGGAUCAGGUGUCGACUCGGUGUAUAGCACUGGCUUUGUCGGAUUUCGGGAUUAUAGAGAACGAGCAACUCGUAUGAUUGUACUCCUGAC